AGAUAUGUCUCGCUAGGGGAAUCAUUCAGGGCUGGCAGUGGUUCUCCCGGGAUACACGAAGGUCUCCCUGCGUGGUCCGAGAGCGCGACGGUGAGGACUGGAGGGAACGGGAUGCGCGCGCUCUCUCGUAGGCUACGGCUCGCAGAGAUCCCUCCGCGGGGGCGUGGCCGCAGUUUGAAUUUGCUGGCGGGUAGUGAGGCUAGUUCGCUUCUCCAGGACGUGGUGUGUCCAGGCGUGCAGCGGCCUGCAGGAGGCCUAUCCGGCUCCUUUCCCGGGCCUCCGGUGCUUUCUGAAGUGGAGCCUGCGCUACGCUCGACGUCAUCGUCUGUGGGAACGCGCGGGCCUCGCGUGGGAGAGAUGGACACAAGUUCACACGACAAGCAGCCCUCUGAAUCCAAGGAGUGUGUCGCUAAUAAUUCUGGUAAUGCCUCUUUUAUCUUGGGAACGGGAAAGCCUGUGACGCCUCAGAAGCAUGUAGAAGACGCGACUCCUAAUCUUUGCACCCCCGUUACGGUUAAGUCACCUUUGGACUUCUCCACAUUAACCGUAGAGCAGUUGGGAAUCACACCUGAAAGCUUUGUUAAGACCCCUUCAGGAAAGUCAUCUUCCCUUCAGAAGACCAGGCGACGUUCUACAGUCGGUGUCCGGGGCUCUCCAGAAACAAAUUGCCUGAUCCGUUUCAUUGCUCAACAGCGAAGUCUAAAGAAUGCUACAAGGUCUCCAUUGACUCACAAUUCCCCCUUUCAGGGUAGCCCGGGACUCUAUCGACAUGCCAGUGCAUUAAAAGAGCGAAUGGCUGCUUUCCGGUCAGCUUUUCACUCCGUACAGGAAACUGAGAACAUGGCUGGUGGUCCCGCAGCCUCAAAGGCAGAUGGAGAGUCUAAGACAUCAAAUUUGACAAAAAAAGAAGCUCUUGUUGAAUACCAGCAGUCUGGGUUCCCUCUAAACUCAUCUUCAAAGCGGCGGAGAAUAUCCUCCCAGAGCAGCCCUGAUGACCACCUCAGCAGUGCCAAAGGGAAAGCGGUGUGUGGGCAGAUGCUCGCCAACCAGUCCUGUGCUGUGGGCACCUCCACAGACCUUGCUGCGAAGUCAUCUGACAUUGGUCCAGCCCAGCUUGGCUGUUUAGUUGCUCCCUGUCCAGAGCUCAUGGAGACCUCACAUGGACUUGGAGUUGCUGCCUGUGUAGAGGGCGCACGGUCAGUUGUGUCUGUUCCUCUUGACACACGUGCAGACACAGCCCCUGCCAUCAGGUCAACGGUGACUCCUGUGUGCGGGAGCAGCCCUCCCUCUAAGACUUUUGUGCUUCGUUCUGUGUUGAAGAAACCUGGUAAGCUGUUUGCAGAGAAUGGAAAGGAGUACAACCUCUGUGAUGGUGGGACUCAACUAAUCCCAGAUCCUUCAAACUGCAAAGAACAAAGAGCAGGUAUAGAAAACUGUAAAACGCCAGGCUUUCUGAAUCUGAAGAAGAGGAAGAGAGUUACUUUUGGAGAGGACUUAAGCCCUGAAGUGUUUGAUGAAUCUUUACCAGCCAAUACUCCGUUAUGUAAAGGAGGAACACCUGUGCGUCAAAGAAACAUAAAUGCUGCCAGUCCCCUGCAGUCACCAGUUCAUGAGCAGUUACUUCAGCCAAAUUUUGAUGACAAUGAGGAGAAUCUUGAAAACAUAGAACCUUCUCAGAUACCAUUUGCAAUCCUGAGUCCUAGUAAAUCUUCAUUCUCUGAGACUCUUCCAGGCACUGACACUUGCAGUUCUUUAGGUAACCGUGAGGAAAUAAGCUGGAGUGUUGGUAGACCAACACGGACUUCUCACAGAAGAAAGCAGGUGAUGAGUUCUGCAAAAGAGAAUGUGUGCAACUCAUACACUACAGAAGCUGAGCCCUGUAAAGAGAAGAACGUGAACAGGAGGAAAUCUCAAGAAAGAAAAUGUACAAGCAAAGCACUUCCUGGAAAGAAACAGGUUUUGAAACGUUACAGAAAAAAGAGAAGAAGGGGGAAGAAGAGUGUUGAGAAAAGUUUAUAUGGGGAAAGAGACAUCGCAUCCAAGAAGCCGCUCCUGAGCCCUAUCCCUGAGCUGCCUGAAGUAUCUGAAAUGACGCCUCUGGCUGACUGCACACAGAGGCUGUGUUCAGAUGAUUUCAACGUAAGUGACGAACAGGAAGAAGUGAUUUCUCUUGAAAUUCCCGCGAAAAGAAAAAGACUCUUGCCCCCGGAGGAAGAUUUGCCUGAGUGGGAUCCAGCUUUUGAUCAGUCUCGUGUGUCUGAAUUGUGCGUGUUGCUGGCGACUGCUGCUUCUGAAGGAGAGCCAGAUGCCAAGACCAGGGACACAGGCGGAGCAGAUAACUCCAGAGCCAAAAGUAUGCAUCAAAGUGCAAAGGAACCAAAAACUGAGACCGAGACUGGAAGCAGUUCCGAGCCUUGUGCUUCUGUGACCCAAGGGCACAUUGUGUCAGAUAUUCCAAAGCCUCUGUGUAGCCCUUGUUGCCAGGAAUUUUCCAAGACUGAUGAAAAUACAGAAAAUUCUUGUGAGGUUCUUACGGUUUCAGAGAAUAUGAAUGUAAAGUGUGAGGAAGAGAGUGCAUGCCCGGCUCCAGAGGGGACUCUGCAGUGCGACCCUGUCACCUCUGACUUGGACAGAGAGCACGAUCGUUCAGAUGGUCCAGUUGAAAAUCUGAAAGAAUCCACAAGCCACAGUGAGACCGUGGGAAGAAAAUGUGCGGAAAGCGGCAACCUCCUGAGUGGCAGAGAUAGGAAACAGAGGAGACUCUCAGUGCAUUGCUGUGAGGGUCAGAGUUCAGACGUGGAACCAAACAGGAGCUCUGCGUCUUCCAACAGUGGGGGAAGCUCUGCAGAACUUAGCUUAGGAAAUCCCCAGCUGUGUGAAGAUUUAUCUGUAGCCAUAGAGCAAAGCUUUCAGAGAACAAGUACUAAAGCCAAAGUGAGACGCAGCACAAGGCUCCAGGGAGACUUGGAUAACACAGGGCUUGUGUGGAUGCUGCCUCCCACUCCGCCCACGUCCCGGAAAGUCAAAAGGAGAAUGACGAUUUGUGCCUUUGAAAGCAUGUCCUCCAAAGAAGAGACUGGAUCCUCGGGACAAACUCCAGGUCCGCUGCCAUCCAUCCCAGUCAGUGGGUGCCAGGGUGUUGGUUCUUCCAGACUACCUGGGAAAAGGAGGAAGAGCUGUGCGUCUACACUCCCAAAUGCUGAGAGUACCACUGAGGCAGCACACUUGAAGAGGAAGCCCUCUGUCAAGAAGGAUGAGAGCUUUCAACUGCAGUGAGGGGCUGGACACAGGAGAGCAACCGAGGAAGGAGCUGACUCUUCCGCCUGGAGUGACGUGUUAGGAGGGACCCCAGCUUCCUCUCGCCUACUUCCAUCUCUAUUCAGCUUCAGUGCGUUGCAAGUUUCUAAUAAAAAACAUUUGAGUUGUGAUGACUUUAAGUAGAAAUGAGUGGAUUUCUCCAUCAUCCAAAAAAAAAAAAAUGAUUGUGUAUCUUCUCCCUCCAAAUGCUAAAUGUUUAUUGGUCUUUUGCUAAAAUGUUCGUUUCUAGACCCAACAAUGUGUUUCUUCAUUUUUAUUCCUGGUAAGUCACAUUUGCCACUGAAGGCUUAGACUGUUCUGGAAAACAUCCUUUAAAGUAACUUUCUCUUUUCUUUGCUUGGAUAACUUGGUUGUCUGUCUCAAACCAAAGUUUUCCUUUGGUAGUUAAAUGAAAGUGAGGCCCUGCGUUGAAAACUUUCAGUGACUGAACUCUAUAGAUCCAUUGUUACAAAUGAAUAUGUAAUUAGAAAUGACUAUGCAAUCAUUCUUCUAGAUGGUUCAAAUCAGUCAUAGGUAAUUCAGAAUUUAAUAAUUGUUCCUAUUAAAUUUAUUUUUGAAAAAUAGAAACUUGAAUAUGUUCUAGAAAAUUUGUUUACCAAUGAAAAGAAAGCAAGCAUGGUGUAGGUCACUGAUUUCUUUUAACGGCAUCUUUCAGCCUUUGAAACUUUUUGUUUCCUUAUAUCCAUACUGUCACUUGCCUGUCCCCUCUGAGCUUAGCUUUUGCAACUCCCUAGUCUUGGUGACAAAAAUUUAAAAAUCUAAACUGUCUGCCUGCGUAUAUCUGGAAUCUGUAAAUGUAAUAAAUCAUCUUAUCAUUAAA